GAAUGAGCUAGAAGCGAGGCGGUGAUGGUGGACGUCUGAGAAGCUGCAUCUGUGGAGAUCCUGAGGCUGUUUAACACACGGAGGACACACUGACGACUGGGGAUGUGGUGUGUGUGGCUGCUGCUCUUCUCUCUGUCUGUGGAGACUCUGAGUUCCUCCUCCUGUCAGACCUGCAGGAAACUGACCCACAGCUUCAUCAAGGGUUUGGAGCGAACGGCCAAUAAGAACUUCGGUGGUGGGAACACGGCUUGGGAAGAGGAGAAACUGGCCAAAUACGCACGCAGUGAAACGCGUCUGCUAGAGAUCGUGGAGGCAGCGUGUGAUAAAUCUGACUUUGAGUGCAACAGACUGCUGGAGCAGAUCGAGGAUCAGGUGGAGACAUGGUGGUUUCACAGACAGCAGGAGGCGCCAGACCUGUUUGAAUGGCUGUGCAUUGAGGAGCUCAGACUGUGCUGCCCAGCGGGACACUACGGACCUCAGUGUGCAGAGUGUCCGUCGGGACCCACAGGUGUGUGUGGAGGUCUGGGUCGCUGUGAAGGUGAAGGCACGCGUCUGGGCGACGGAGACUGUGUGUGUGACCCGGGAUAUGCUGGAGUUCUGUGUCAGGAGUGUGCAGACGGAUACUACAGAGAGAAGAGCUCCAAUCACACACAACCACCCUGCUCAGCGUGUCAUCACUCCUGUAAGGUGUGCAGUGGUCCUCUGGAGAAGCAGUGUCAGCUCUGUAAAUCCGGCUGGAUCCUCCACAGCAGCAGGUGUAUCGAUGUGGACGAGUGUGGCACAGAGUUGGCUCGCUGUCCGUCAAACACAUACUGCUUCAACACCGACGGCUCUUACGAAUGCAGAGGCUGUGAUCAGGCGUGUGUGGGCUGUAUGGGCAGUGGUCCGGCUCGCUGCAAGAAAUGUGCUCGAGGCUUUAGGCUCACCGGGGCCAAGUGUUUAGACAUUGAUGAGUGUUUGGAGCGGACCAUCGCGUGUCCGGGCCUGAAUGAAGCAUGUGUGAAUGAGGAGGGCUCGUACCGCUGCGAGUGUGCGGAUGGCUUCAUCAGGCGGGACAGCAUCUGUGUGGAGAAUCUCACACCUGCGGGGCCAGAGAAGGGCUUGUUUGACGACAUGACGGAUGACGAGGUGUUGGUUCUGCAGCAGAUGUUCUUCGGCGUGGUGAUCUGCGCUCUAGCUACGCUCGCUGCUAAAGGAGACAUGGUGUUCACCGCCAUCUUCAUCGGGGGCGUCGCCGCCAUGGCCGGAUACUGGCUGUCAGAGAAGGGAGACCGCGUUCUGGACGGCUUCCUCAAGGGCAGGUAGAGGAGACACUGACCUCAAUCACUCACUGACUGAUGGAGACAGCAGGAGCUGAGGAUGACGAGGAGGAGGAAGAUGAUGAAUAAAGAUGAUGAAGAUAACGAAGAAUAAUGAGGAUGAUGAAGAUGAUGAUGGAUUGGUUUCUAACACUGUGUUCAACAGUUGUGCUGCUGCGUGUGUCUUUUGAGACUCAGUGUGUGGAUGUGUGUGUGUGUGAGUGAGAGAGACGGAUGCAACACAUUCAGGUGAACUACUGUACAUAUUAAGGAGAUCCUCAUUUACAUCAGACUGUGUGUGUGUGUAUUUCUGGAGAUCAGAGAAGAUGCUGAGAACAUUUCCUGAUGCAGGAGUACGGCGCUGACACUGAUCACGUGUGUGUGUGUGUGUGUGUGUGUGUUAAUAGAUCAUGUUGAUUUUAAUGAGGUUCACACAUUCGUUGAUUCAUGAUUUUAAGACUUUAUAGUGACUCUGUUAUUAUUAUUAUUAUUUUGUAUUCAUGAUUCCCCUUCAGGGUGUGCGUGUGCGUGUGUGUGUGUGUGUGUGUGUCUGCUUGAACAGAUUCUCUGAGGAACACUAAUGUCUGUGGUCUGCUACUGUAGUUUUGCUCUUCACAAGUGCAAUAUGAAGCGGUCCUGAAGGUUCUGACUGCGCACUAGAAUGUGUUCAUGUUUAUUCAGAUUUGAUUAAUCACUCUUUCAGCUCAUUUCCUCUGGCAGUGGGAGCCCUAUUUUAAAUAUGCAAAUGCGACGGCUGUGAUUGGUGGGUUCCUCGGCUCUGAUUGGCUGUAGAUGAGAUGUGUUGUGUCUGCAUGCUUUAGUUUAGUUUAUUUGAGUUGUGUGUGUGUGAAUGUGACGACUGAGCUCUGUUCUGCCAGCCUUAAAGUCAAACAUGUUUCCUUCAUCACCUGCUGUUUGGAUGCUCAACUUUAUAAUUAAAUUACUAUUUCAUUCA